AUGGCUAGAAGACGCAAUACCAGAGCUGAUGAGACGGGGAAUCCUGUUACCCCACCAGGGAAUCAGAACACGAUGCCAGCCAUACCUACAGCUGUGCCAGAUUAUGAUAUUAUAUUGGGCAUGGAUUUCCUGAGUAAGUACGGUGCCUCAAUAGAAUGCCGUAAUAGAAAAGUGGUUUUCCGACUAGAAUCAGAACCGAUGUUUGAGUUUAUCGGAGAGCCAAGGAAAGGAACCAAGGAAUUUUUAUCAGCCAUUAAGGCACAAAAGAUGUUAAACAGCGGAUGCACUGGGUUUCUAGCAUGUGUGGUUGAUACAAGCCAAGCAGAGAACCAGAAACUGGAAGAUGUCAAAAUUGUGUGCAACUACCCAGAGAAUGAUACAAACCGUUGGAUCAAGCAAGGAGUAGAAAAAACCUUAGGUUUCACUCGCACCCACACCUAUCUUCCGAAAGCCUCCCGAACCCCUCUCACAACUUCUCAUCUCUCGCCUUCUCCAUCCAACUCCUCUCACGCCCUCUCCGUCCAACUUCUCUCCGACAAACCCCUCUCCGGCGAACCCUUCUCUGUGAACCUCCCCUCCGAACUCCUCUCCAUAAAGAUCGUGGGCAAAAUUUCCUCACCUUAUUCCUUCACCUCUUCGUCAAAUAGCAAAUGCCCUAAUCGUCCCAUUUUCAUUCUUAAACCUAGACAAUGUCGUUGUGUUGACCCAGGCAUUGUUCUUCCUUUACCCCGUCAGGUCAACUUUGGCACUAUCGUGAAUGCUUGGCACGGAAGCAUCUCACGGACCCGAUAUCAACCCUUCACGAACUCCAUUACCGAGCAAGCCAGGCAAAGGCCACUACAAAUAACAUCGCCUCGUUCCCCCUCCUCCUUCAUCGGAUUUCGCUUAUCCUCUCUCUCAUCUCUCUCUUCUGCUGCUUUGCUGAGAGAGAAGCUAAGGGGUACUGGAGGGAAGCCACCGGCAUCAAAGGACCUAGCGGAUUCGGAUCCGGCAACACUGCCGAGCAGGUCACUGAGGGCAUCGACGCCUCUCGCCUCACCGUCAUCGUCACCAGUACCUUUCUCUUCAUUUCCUCCCACUUUGUCUACUUUCACAGUGGAAGCAGUGGGAUCGGAGUAGAGACGGCAAGGGUGUUGGCCCUGAGAGGAGCCCAUGUCAUCAUCGGUGCAAGGAACUUGGAAGCUGCUAAUGCCGUGAAGCAGAACAUCCUGAAUAGCAUUCCAUCUGCUAGAAUUGACAUC